AUGGCUCCUAACGAUAAAACCCCUGGAAGUAUGCUUGAUAAUGCUAUCGACAAUGCCAAGGCAGGAAUUGAAAAAGCACGAGAGAAUGUCAACGAAUCCACCAAGACUGAAGAACAGAAGGAAGCCGAAAAAAGCACCAGUGAAAAGAUUGGUGACACCAUCGACAGCGUGCGCGAGAAAAUCAAUGAAGCCACCAAGUCCGAGGAGCAGAAGGAAGCAGAGAAACCUACCAGUGAAAAGAUUAGUGAUGCGAUCCCCCACUCUGCGACUGAAGCCGGGUCAAAACUUGGUGGUUUGAUUGAUUCGGGAGUGGAAAAAGCCAAAGAUGCCAUCAGCGGCGACAGUGAAAAGAAGUAG